UCUUUGUUGAACAAUUGCCCAAAGCUGCGAUAUGCGACAGCGUCCACAAGUUAUAAACCAUGCGUCAGCUGGACAUUAACCUUGCUCUUAUUAACAUUUCAAAUAGAUUGUUUCCGGAUAAACGUUUGUACACGCCGGUGUAUACGCAUACUUUUGGAAUGUCCACUUUACAGACGCUCAGCUUUACAAUUAUUGAAAGGAGUGCGUUCUGAUCUCGGUUUAUUGUACAAGGAUAAUUUCGUGCUAAUUACAGACCGUUUUGUAUUUUUGGUAAUAUACUGUGAUGCUGCCACGCUAUCGAACAUGGCUUGGGGUAAUCGAUUGAUUUUGGAUUAUGUUUCUGUGGGUACGGUUAUCCUGACGAUCCUGGUGGCGGCGCUGACGCUCACGGGAUUCUGGACAUCGUCAUGGCUGGUUGUGGACAGCGAAAUGCACCCGGAAAUGGUGCCGUCGUUCAGAAUGCUCUUCCACAAAAUCGGCUUGUGGGAGAUCUGCUUCCGGAUGUACCAGAACACCGGCAAUCCCUAUCAGCGCUAUUCAGUUAUGUGUGAUUCGGUGAUUGUUAAUACAAAUCCCAACUACAGAAAUCCAGAUUUUAUGCUAGCAACACAGGUGCUAUACAGCACCGGGAUGGGUGUGGUCAUAAUAGCCACGGUCUUGAUGGUGGUUAUGCUGGCAUGCGGAGCAACCCGGAAAAUCAUAUUCGCGCUUGGAGGAUGCUUUCUCUUUUCAGGUUUUUCGAUAUGUUUGGCCGACAUAGUCUUUGCCGCCUGUGCAUUCGAGAAGGAAGGGUUAUUUGGAUGGACACAGAGCAAUAUUUUGGGGUGGACCUUUUGGGUAGCGGUGGCCAGCGGGUGCUCUUUGUGGCUCCUGGGCACGUGCUAUUUUAUCGUGGCAUACCGGCUGGACCGGGUUCACCAUGCUCAGUUCACUAAAUAUAUUCUAUAACAACUCUCUUGUAUCUGCGCAAUACUACAGUGCAAAAAUUGUCGGUUAAUUGAAAAUUUUGUACAGUCCAUAAGUGCUUUCUGGUGCUCUAAAAAAGCGCAAAAACCGCUAUUUUCCAGCGGCUGGUGUCUGCUACUGCUUAGGAAAUCUUUAUUGUCUUCAUCACACCGUAAUUUUUUUUAUUUUGUGUAGAAGUACAGUAUAUUAGUGUUGCAUAAAUAGUAUCGUUCCGAGUUGCUGUCAGCAUUUACCGGCAAAGUUGUCAUAAAACUGACCAACUUACCACAUAUACAUGGUGAGUCGAUUGAAACGUUAUUUUAUUUAAUCCGAGUUAAA